UUAGAAAGGAGGAAAAGUAAAAGAAAUAUGGAAGAUUGUAAGACAAGAAAGUGCCAAAAACUAUAUUAUGGUAGAGGCAAGGUAUCGAUUAGUUAAGGAAGUAAGCAAAGUCGGUCUUUUGGGAUUCUGCCAGCAACUGCUCGUAGAUUCACCAACUCCCUCACGGAUUCUCUCCCCCAUUUGAGCAAGUUAUGUUCAUUUAAAACCAACCAACAUUAGCCUUGCAUGGCUGUCUCCAAGUGCCUCUUGCUUGCAGCUUUACUCUACUAUGGCAUUGCCUCAUAAUCCCAUUUUAUUUUUCUGCAUUUUCAUCAUCUUUGCAUCAGGUGCAACAAAGCAUGCAAAUGCGAAAAAUUUUACCCUUGUGAAUCAGUGCAAAGACACGAUAUGGCCAGCGAUAAUCACAGACGGAAGCAACUUCCAUGGCGAAGGGUUUAUGUUGAAACCGGAAGAAACCGUCUUCUACAAUGCUCCGAACGGUUGGAGUGGUCGCAUAUGGGGUCGAACAGGUUGCAGUUUCGAUAAAAACGGCAAUGGAACUUGCCAGACAGGCAACUGUGGCACUUCUGUUAAUUGUACGAGCCCCGGUAGUCUCCCCGUUACCAUUGCCGAAUUCACACUCGGCGAUAUCGAUUACUAUGAUGUUAGCCUCGUGGAUGGCUUUAAUUUGCCUAUCGUGAUUAAGCCUGGUGGUGGUAAAGGAAACUGCAGCACGGCCGGGUGUGACGGAGACUUGAGGCAAAAUUGUUCGUCGGAUCUCGUUUUUAAGAAAGACGGGAAGGUCAGCGGUUGCAGAAGUGCCUGCGAUGCCUUCAAUACUGAUGAAUAUUGUUGCCGUGGGGCGUAUGAAGAUCCAGUUGCUUGUUUGCCUACGAAUUAUUCCAAGAGUUUCAAACAAGUUUGCCCUGCAGCAUCUAGCUAUGCUUAUGAUGAUCGUGUUAGUAUCAUAACUUGCUCUGCAUCAGAUUACAUGGUGGCAUUUUGUGCAACAAGGAACAAUACAAUAUGCAGCUUUCAGGAUGAGAAGCUUGUUUGCAGUGUUACAUCAGAGGGCUUUGAAGCAUUCUCUCAAACAUGGAGGAUUGUGAUGCUGGCAUUGCCGUUGGCUUCCAUUUUACAGAUUUUCUUUUAGCAAACUCUGCUCAAAGUUGUUUUGAUUUGUAUCAUUUUGAAAUCUAAA